CCUCGCUGCUGAUGCACUGUGACCAACUGGCCGGUCUUCUGUGCCACGAUGAAAUAGCGAUCUUCAAACUAGAGACAUAGAAUUCUGAUAUGUGAAAUCCCAUUGCAAGAAACCACCUGAGAAGAAGCAGGACCCUGACCAUAUUGAAGAAAAUGGCAUCCCAGGGAGAAGCCUGUGAGCAGAGAAUUUACGAGUUUGAUGAUGAUUUGGCCUCUGAGUUCUCUGCUCUUCUUGGUGUGGACGCACUUCGGAUCUUAAAGAGACAGCAUGAAGAAGACCACAAAGAACGAAUGAAGAUGAAGAAAGGUUUUAACUCGCAGAUGCGCAGUGAAGCCAGAAGAUUAAAGACUUUUGUGAUCUAUGAGUCAUUCAAAUCAUGGACGCCUCAGGACAUGGCAGCUGCUGGGUUUUACCAUACCGGGGUGAAACUUGGGGUGCAGUGCUUUUGCUGUAGCUUAAUCCUCUUUAGCACCAGACUCAAGAACCUUCCUAUAGAAAUCCACAAGAAAUUACGUCCAGAAUGUGAGUUCCUGUUGGGCAAAGAUGUCGGUAACAUUGGCAAGUAUGACAUAAGGGUGAAGAGUCCAGAGAAGACACUGAGAAGCGGCAAAGCACAGUUGAAGCAAGAAGAGGAGGCCAGGCUGGAGUCCUUUGAGAAGUGGCCUUUUUAUGCCCAUGGGACCUCGCCACGUGGACUCUCCGCAGCCGGCUUUGUCUUUACAGGUGAAAGGGACACUGUGCAGUGCUUCUCCUGCGGUGGAUGCCUGGGAAACUGGGAAGAAGGAGACGAUCCCUGGAAGGAGCAUGCCAAGUGGUUCCCCAAAUGUGAAUUUCUUCAAAGUGAGAAAUCGUCAGAGGAAAUUGCCCAGUAUAUUCAGAGCUACGAGGGAUUUGUUCAUGUAACGGGAGAACAUUUUGUGAAUUCCUGGGUCAGAAGAGAAUUACCCAUGGUAUCAGCUUACUGCAAUGACAGCGUCUUUGCUAAUGAAGAAGUGAGGAAGGACACUUUUAAGGACUGGCCCCACGAGUCACCUGUGGCUGUUGAAGCUCUCAUCAAAGCAGGCCUUUUCUACACAGGCAUAAAGGACCUUGUCCGGUGCUUUUCCUGUGGAGGAUGUAUGGAGAAGUGGGAGGAAGGUGACGACCCAUUAGCAGACCACACCAAGUUUUUCCCAAAUUGUGUAUUUCUUCAAAACCUGAAGUCCUCUGCAGAAGUGAUUCCAGGCCCUGAGAGCCACCAUGCACUUCCGGAAUCCAGGGAAAUCACAAGUAAAAGCAAUCACGAGGACCCAGUUCAUCCCACCAAGGCUGGGUUGGCUUCGAGGGAAGCCCAGUGGUUUCAAGAGGCAAAGAGUUUGAGUGAGCAGCUGCGAGGCGCCUACACCAAAGCUACUUUCCGCCACAUGAAUUUGCCAGAGUUGUGCUCCAGCCAAGGCACUGACCAUUUGCUUAGCUGUGAUGUGUCCAUCAUUUCAAAGCACAUCAGCAGGCCAGUGCAAGGGGCCCUGACAAUCCCCGAGGUCUUCGCCAAUCUCAGCUCGGUCAUGUGUGUGGAGGGGGAAGCUGGCAGUGGGAAGACAACCUUCCUGAAGAAAAUAGCUUUUCUCUGGGCAUCAGGGUGCUGUCCCCUGUUGAACAGGUUCCAGCUGGUCUUCUAUCUCUCCCUUAGUUCCACCAGACCAGACCAGGGUCUGGCCAGCAUCAUCUGUGCCCAACUCCUAGAGGCAGGAGGCUGUGUUGGUGAAGCGUGCCUGAGCAGGAUCAUCCAGCAGUUAAAACACCAGGUGCUGUUCCUGUUGGAUGACUAUAAUGGGGUGCACUUGCUCCCCCAAGCCCUAGAGACACUGAUUACCAAAAACUACUUGUCACGAACCUGCUUAUUGAUUGCUGUCCAUACAAACAGGACGAGGUCCAUCCGUCCAUACCUGGAUACAAUUCUAGAGAUCAAAGAUUUUCCUUUCUAUAAUACUGUCUCUGUAUUACGGAAGUUCUUUUCACAUAAUAUAAUCCGUGUACAAAGGUUUUUCAAUUACUUUGGAAAGAAUGAACAUCUGAGAGGAAUUAACAAAACUCCUCUCUUCAUGGCAGCCGUCUGUACUGACUGGUUUCAAAAUCCUUCUGACCAGCCCUUUCAUGAUGUGGCCAUUUUCAAGUCCUAUAUGAAGUACCUGUCCUUAAAGUACAAAGCUGCAGCUGAGGCCCUCAAGGCCACUGUGUCCUCAUGUGGGCAGCUGGCCUUGAGAGGGCGUUUUUCUUCAUGCUUUGAGUUCAACAAUGAUGACCUCACAGAGGCCGGAGUGGAUGAAGAUGAAGACCUGACCACCUGCUUGAUGAGCAAAUUCACCGCCCAGAGGCUGAGACCAGUCUACCGGUUUUUAAGUCCUCUCUUCCAAGAAUUUCUUGCUGCCAUGAGGCUGACUGAACUCCUGGGUUCAGACAGGCAGGAAGACCAAGAUCUGGGAAUUCAUUAUUUGAGACAAAUUAACUCGCCCUUGAAGGCUCUGACCACCUACAACAACUUUUUGAAGUAUGUCUCCAGCCACACUUCAUCAAAGGCAGGGCCAGAAGUUGUGUCUCAUUUGCUUCAGUUGGUGGAUGAGAAAGAGUCACUGGAGAACAUGUCUGACGAUGAGGACUACAUGAAGCUCCACCCAGAAGCUUCACUGUGGAUGGACUCCAUUAGAGGAUUGUGGCAGUUAUCUCCUAAACUUUUCUCUUCAUUAAUUUCAGAGUAUUUAGUGAGCAUUGCUUUAAACUUUGCUUAUGAAAGCAACACGGUUCGUGCAUGUUCUCCAUUUAUUUUGCAAUUUCUUCAGGGGAGAACACUGACUUUAAAAGUAUUGAAUUUACAGUACUUUUGGGAGCACCCAGAAAGCCUGUUAUUAUUGAAGAGUAUUGAGGUCUCAAUAAAUGGAAAUAAGUGGGUACAGCAAACAUAUUUGUCAUUAAUAGAAAAAAGUUUGGAAACAUUACAGCCACCAACUGUAGAUCAGGACUAUGCAUCUGCCUUUCAACCCGUGAAUGAAUGCAAGAAAGAUUUGGCUGAAAAAGAAGAGAUCGUGAGGAACUAUGCAGAUAUCCGACACCAGGCCCCACCAAAUAUCAGUACUGGCUAUUGGAAACUGUCACCUAAGCCACACAAGAUCCCUAGGUUGGAAGUUGCAGUGGCCAACAUGGGCCCAGCAGACCAAGCACUGCUCCGGGUCCUAAUGGAAGUCUUCUCAGCUUCACAGAAUAUUGAGCUCUGCUUGUCCAACAGCAGUGGCUUUUUUGAAAGCAUCUGCCCAGCUCUGGAGCUGAAUAAGACCUCUGUCACCAAGUGCUCCAUGUGCAGGCUGGAGCUCAGCACAGCAGAACAGGAGCUGCUUCUCACCCUGCCUGCCCUGCAGUCUCUUGAGGUCUCAGAAAUGAACCAGUUACCAGAUCAACUCUUUGCUAACUUGAACAAGUUCCCCGGCCUGAAAGAACUGUCUGUGAGACUAGAUGGCAAAGCAGAUGUGCUUUCAGUCCUUCCUGGAGAGUUCCCAAACCUCCACCACAUGGAGAAGUUAUCCAUCCAAACUUCUAUGGAGUCUGAUCUCUCCAGACUAGUUAAAUUGAUUCAGAACUCUCCAAAUCUUCAUGUCUUCCAUCUGAAAUGUGAUUUCCUUUUGAAUUGUGAGUCUCUCAUGGCUGCACUUGCUUCCUGCAAGAAACUCAGAGAGAUUGAGUUUUCUGGACGAUGCUUUGAAACCACACCAUUUGUCAACAUAUUGCCAAAUUUUGUUUCUCUGAAGACAUUAGAUCUUAAUUGCCAAAAAUUUCCAGAUAAGAAAACAUCAGAAAAGUUUGCACUGGCUCUGGGUUCUCUCAGGAACCUGGAGGAACUGCUUCUUCCCACUGGAGACGGGAUUCACCAAGUGGCUAGACUGAUUGUCCAGCAGUGUCUGCAGCUUCAGCGUCUCCGAGUUCUUGCCUUUCACGACACCUUGGAUGACGACAGUGUGCUGGAAAUUGCCAAGGGAGCAACCAGCAGAGGCUUCCAAAACCUUGAGAACUUAGACCUUUCAAUGAAUCACAAAAUUACAGAGGAAGGAUAUAGACACUUCUUUCAAGCCCUCAACAACCUGCCAAACUUGCAAGAGCUGAACAUUUCCAGGCAUAUCCCAGAACGAAUCCAAGUGCAGGCCACCACUGUCAAGGCGCUGAGUCAGUGUGUGAUGAGACUGCCCAGACUCACCAGGCUCAGGAUGCUCAGCUGGCUCCUGGAUGAAGAGGACAUGAAAGUGAUGAAUGCUAUGAAAGAAAGACACCCUCAGUGCAAAUGCUUGAUUAUUCACUGGAAAUGGAUAGUUCCAUUCUCUCCUGUCAUUCAGAAGUGAAGGAUGCAGCUGAAGGCUACCGACAGUUCUACAAACCCAAUAUUCAAAUACAUUUUACUUUAACUGACUAUGGGAUAAUCCCAGCAUUUAGGAGACUGAGGCAGGGAGAUCAAGAAGUUGAGUUCACCCUGGGUUACAUAACUAGUCCUUACUUUAGACCUACAUCAAAAUCAAACUGUUUCAUAACUAUUGCAUAUACAAGAAUGGCCAGGCUGGUAACUGUUUGAGCGCCUGCAUGCCUACAUUGAGCUAUGAUGAACAGUGCCUUGGCAGUCCUUACAUAGUCAUGUUUAAAGAUGAGAGCUUCAGUCACGUUCAUACAGAAAACCCUCCAUUUCCAAGGUCAGCCAGAAGGGAGGGGCUGGGGAAAGAACACUGAUCUAUGUAAAAAACACAGCAUGGGAGGAGUAUUUGAUGGAGGUUAGAAACAGUUUUAGUAUUGAAUUAGUCCCACACAUGAUGAAGUCCCACACAUUUAUUCCUCAGCACUUACAAGUCAACUUCAUGCCGGAGCCAGCCAGGCAGAGUCGAAUGGUUCUUGAGUUGGGUGUGAGGAUUAAAAUUAAUAAAACACAGGAAACUUUUUAAA